CUCAAGGCGUCGUUCUAUCGAUAUCAGCCGUCGCGACGCUCGAACGUGUCACAAUAUCUCAAAAACAAACAAAUACCUAGACAUAAUGUCUUCCUAAAACCAAACUGCCUAUCCCAAAAAUAGAAAAAUCAUGGAUUAUCGAUCCAAUUCUCCGCAAUCGUCGGACCCGUUUUCUGAAGAAAUGGAUACGAGUUCUGUGAAAGAAAAGGCCAUUUUAAACCGAACGGUGCCCAAGUUUAACAACAAUUUCAAAGCGGGUUACAUGCCAGUGGAAAAUGUAAAACCCGGAAUGAGAGGAAGGAAGACUUUUGCGUUUUGGACUUUGCUGGUUUUGCUGUUUAUUUUGGUAAUUGGGAAUCUGAUAUUGACGGUUACGAUUAUUGGUGUUCUAAAAUUAGGUCACGGUAUGCAAAGUAUAGAAUUGGUUCCUGAAUCACAAGCAAUCAAAUUCUUUGGAGAAGCCAAUCUUGAUCACCUAUACAAAAGAGAUGGAAAAAUUGAAUCGUUUCAAGACCAACCAAUGGAAAUAACCUCAUACUACAACUCCAUCAUACUUAAUUUAGUUAAAAACGGACGGGGGACACUAAAAGUUAAACUGGAUCCAAACGAAACAUUUUUCAGAGGAUUAAACUCUUUUGAUGUCAAAACUAUGCAAAGAGAAUCGAUAUUUACCAUCAAUGAACCGACUUAUGAAAAUUUAAAAAACGUUCACAAUUUAAGAACAAAACAUAUGCAAACCAACAGAAUAAGAAGUCCGUUAGAAGACGAUCUAACAGUUGAUGGGGAUUCAAUCAGUCUCAAAGGUGCUGAAGGAACGCAUAUUUUUGGUAAAGAUAUAAAAUGGGAAGCUGACCAAGAUAUCCACCUAAAGAGCUUAAAAAAUGGUUCCCUAGUUUUAGUUGGAAAAGAGGGUAUCUUUAUAGAUCUGAAUAAAAUCCCUGUGGCUAGACUCAGUAAUAACUACAUCACAUCACAAUUUAAAAUUUGUGUUUGUAUGCCAGUAGGCAAAUUGUUCAGGAUCCCAGUCGCGAAUCCUAAUGACAGAGUCCUUUGUGACCAUAUUAGUAUGGCACCUCAAUACAAUCCUUGUAUUUAAACAAAAAUUAGGUAUAAAAAUUAAUGUUUAGGAUGAAUUGUUUUGUUUUUGCAUGUCAUUUAUAGAAUAAUAAUUACGAACACAUCAACAACAAUAAGUAGAAGUUACAUAUCAUACAAAUAGUAUUUGUAAAUUAAAAUAUGUAGUUAGAUACAAAAUGGGCCUUAUUUUGGAAUCUGAACUUUACUAAUAGGCACUACUGAUCCCUAGGCAAAAAUUAACAGCUACAGUAGUCGACGCGCCAAAGAGAUGUAGCAAUAAAACUGCGUGAAUAUUGUGUUGAGGGCUGGGCUCUUGAAACCUCCUCUGACUAGGUUAUAGGCCAGGAGCAGGUUUUAGUAGAAUAAUGUAAUUAACAUCAAGAAUAAUAGAUCUAGGGAAUCUACACGUCGCCUUAAACACAUAGGUCUUUGCGGAAUAAAGUAAAUCUAAAUAAAAAACGAGAACGCCCAACGGUCGCACAGAAAACGAUCUGCUU